CAACGGCUAUCACAUCCACCAGGAAGUGUCCGAUCUAUCCGUUGUAUUUCUAUAGGGUCAACUCUUAUUCAGUCAAACUACCUUCAAAGAGCGGCUAGAGCAAGCUGUUUUGAGUGACGGUCGAGACCACCCAGUUUACCAGGAUGGACUCGGAUAUUUUGAACAUAGAGGAUAUAGUGAUGGGACGGGCAUUGCCGGAUCCACCUCCCGAAGUUCCCCCUGCAAAGCCAGCCGCACCAUACAAACCCAUCAAUUUUAAGGGACCUCCAACGACCACCAUUCAACCUUAUCAGCAUGAGAACCUGCAGUGUUUCCAGUGCUUCAUCACCUUCUGCAGUGCCAAAGCCAAGGAGAGGCAUAUGAAAAAGAGCCAUCGGGAAGAGUAUAAGCAACAGCUUCAGCAGGGAAACACAUUGUUCACUUGCUAUGUGUGUGAUCGCACUUUUCCUUCAUCUGAAGAGCUGACACAGCACCAGCCAACACACAGCAAGGACGAUAAGCCCUUCAAAUGCGUGCACUGCAAGGAGAGCUUUAAAACAUUCUCUGAACUCACAGCCCAUAGACGACAGGUGUGUCCAGAGAAACAGUUGGUUUGUAAGGAUUGCAAUGAAACCUUCAGGAGUGCAGGACUGUUGCGUACUCAUCGCAUUACCCAGCAUCCCCGCCCUGACGUCGAGACCGCAGAACAGCCAGAGGAUGCUGCGAAAACCCAUCGCUGUAAGAAGUGUAGUCAAGGCUUUGAAACAGAACCAGAGCUGAUAGCACACCAGGAGAAAUACCCUGAAGGCCAGCAAUGCAACGGCAGCACUUCAUCUGUCAAGAAACGCGGACGGCCUACCAAAGCUGAAGACGCGGCAGCAGCUGCUGAUAAGAAGGGAAAGCGUAAGAAGAAGGAUGAGCCUGAAGUGCCUGAGGAGGCAGAGAAGGCUAGCAGCACAUCAGAGGCAGCAGCAGCAGCAGCUCCAGCUGAAGAAAAGGGAAAGGCAGCUGGAGCAAAGCGUGGCCGUCCUCCUAAGGUGGCAGCAAAACCAGAAACUGAAGAUUCGAAGAGUCCUGAGGAUGACAGUGAUGCUCCAGCAAAGGAGAAGAAAGUUAAAGCAGAGGCUGCUCCUGCAGCCCGUCAGCACCCCUGUCCUGAGUGUGACCAGGCAUUCCCCAGCCUGAUUCAGCUCCGUGCUCACAAGAAGGAGAAACACGCCCCUCGGAAGGCCCAUCCCUGCGAAGAAUGUGAAGAGAGCUUUGCCCGUCCCGAGCAGCUGGACGCCCACAUGUCCCGAGCUCACGCCGUGGGCCGCCUCUCCUGUCCAACCUGUGGGAAGAGCUUCGGCCGUGAGCGAACCUUACAAGCUCACCUGAAAAGUCACCCCGAGGAAAAGCCUGAAACCCCAAGUGCAAAAAGAUAAUUGAGACAUGGGGACCCUGUAAAGUCUAUGGUUUUUGAAGAUUUUAGUCAGGAAUUGUGCUUUUUCUCUUUUAACAUAGGAGUUCUGAUGGUUUCAGAUGAGUUUGGAAUGAUUUUGAGAAUGACGUUUUAGCAAGCUUUGGAUUUUAAGUUGAGUUUGAUUAUGAACUGUUGACAUUUUGGACGGAUGCAUCUUGUAAAUUGACUAACCAAAUGUUGUUAAAACAUUUACUACUCCCUUUGCCAGAAAACAUAGUUUAUUUGUAAAAACAAGUGUUUUGAUUAGCUUAUUAAAUGAUUUGUUUCAGUUUUUUAAAGCGUGAAAUAAUAAGUGUGGUAUGAGUUUAUUUCUUGGUGACUUGAGUUGUGAAACUCGGUGUGGAAUUUUUUUUCUUUUUAAGUUUUCCUCUUGUUUGUUUUGUUUUCAAAUUGCGUAAGUUCAUAUUUUGAAGCAAAUUAGAUGCCUAGUAGAGAUACUAUGUUUGAAUGUUUAGACAGUUUGUCAAAAGAAAUGUGUUAUGUACAGCUUCUGGUUCAUAUAGUGCAUUUUUUACUCUCAAUAUUUUGAUUAUGUUCUUUUUCUAAAUUAAGUCCCAUUGAAGAAUCAUUUUUAAAAUAACACAAUUAUGUCCUGCUAAAGAAAUAUGUUUGCCUUAGUGCUACAGCUUCAAUGUGAUUUCGCCACAAUAACAAAUACUCUUAAUGUUUCACUAGAAUAAUAUCUCAUGUCUUAGACAUUUCUUAAAUGGAACUCAUGACUCUUCAAUGCUUUAGGGUCCCAUGUUGAACUGUGUAUAUCAUGUGUUUUUCACUGAUUGGAUUGUUUCUCUCACCAUUGCAAUGUGUCCGGACACUGCAAGAAUUUAAUAAAACAUGCUUUCUCAAGGGAGGCUGCCGAACAUUUAA